AUGAUUGAAAAUAAAUUCGACAUUAAACCUUUAAAAGAUAAUUUCAAUUUAAAAGUUUUAUCCGACACAUUAAAUGAAGCAUUUAGCGACUAUGUUAUUAAAUUUGUCCUCAAUGAAGAAUUGUUAAGCCAAAAAAUCAAAGCUGAGGACAUUUCAAUAAAUCUUUCAAGUUCAGUUUAUGAUGAAAACAAAUCAUUGGUUGGCUUUAUUUUACACGCUGCUGAUGACAAUGAAAAACCAACUAAGCUUUAUAAUAGUGUCACCGGUGUGGUCCCUUCUGCAAGAGGAAGAAGACUUGUUGAAGAACAAUAUAAAGCUAUGGUACCAAAAUUGAGGGAGGAUGGCAUAAAAAGUGUUGUACUCGAGUGUAUUGAUACCAACGAAAGAGCAGCUAAAGUCUAUAACCGUUGUGGGUUCAAGGUUUCAAGGGUUUUAGAGUCCUAUAAAGGUGAUUUGGAUAUUAAACCUUUAGAACAGUAUUUAAACAAAGAUAUAAACAUUGUCCAAGUUACCGAAUGGAGCAAAGAUUUAGAAAACUUUUUAAAAACAUACUCAGAAGUUAAACCAUCAUGGUCCAAUACAACCGAGUGCAUCAAAAGAGAAUUUAAUCUAAAUAAAAAUAAAUGUUGGGUUGCAUUCAAUAAUAGUAACCCAAAUGAAAUUGUUGGAAUGAUUUCAGUAUGUGUUUCAAAUAAAAGAAUAAGACACACUUUGGUUCAUCCAAACUAUAGAAACAAAAAUAUUGCAACCAAUCUUGUUUAUAAAAUGGUUAUGGAAAUGGACGAACCACAAAACGUCCAUUAUACAGUAUCUAAUAUUGAAAAAGGUAAAGGAGAUCCUUUAAUCAACUUUUAUACCAAGAGAAUUGGUUUGCCACACUUUGUAGCACAAAACGAGAUGGAGUUAUUAAUAUAA